AUACAUUUUCCAGUUCCUGCAGAACUUCGUCUCUGCGAAAACCCUAAAAGCUGGAGCUCUGACAGCUCAAAACCCUAGCUCUAAGCUCUGAGCCCUAAACCUAAAUCCUUAUCCUUACCCUUUUCAUAUUUCUAAUUGUAUAAUUCUGGGUUGUGCUUGGAUUGCAGAAAUUCUUCUGUUAUCAUGGCGCUUCAUGGAUCUGGUUUCUGCCUAAAUGGAAAUGUUUCUCGUGGAGAGCUUAAUCGCUUGCCGUGUUCCUGUAUUUAUACUUUUGGGAUGCUUCAUCCUCCUUCUUCACCCUAUUCAAGGAAAAACAACUUAGUUGUAGCAAAGACUGUCGAAAGGGGGCAUAAAGUUCCGUUCUUUCCUGGUUAUCGUCAGCUCAAAUUGCGAACUGAAGAAUCCAUAUCCUCUGUUCAGGCCUCUCGAUUGCGGCCCCUAAGACCAUGUAAUGUGAUAGGCGAUGACUCAAAGGAAAGCUCAAGCGGUGGCGAAAGCAUCGUAUUGGAUGCGCAAACCUUGGAGCGUGAUCUAGACAUUGCCAUUGCAGAGGAGGACUAUGCCAAAGCAGCACAAAUUCGUGAUAGCCUCAAACUUCUGAUGCAGGACAGUCUAACUUCUGUUAGAACAGCAAACGCACAGUUCUACGAGGCAUUCAGGAUUGGGGAUUUAGCUGCAAUGCAAGCCCUUUGGGCCCAAAGGAAAGAAGUCUGCUGCGUGCACCCGGGUGCUCGUGGAAUCUAUGGUUACGAAGAUGUUAUGACUAGCUGGGACUACGUGUGGGCAAACUACGAAUUUCCACUAGAGAUUGAGCUGAAAGAUGUUAAUGUUUACGUUAGAGGGGAUGUCGGGUAUGUUUCUUGUGUCGAGUUGGUGAAGACAAAGGGUAGCAGUUGGGGUGGACAGUUUGCAACAAAUGUGUUUGAGAAAAUUGAUGGAAAUGAUUUCCGCACGCCUAUUUUCUCCUUCUACACGUAAUGACUUGAAGUCACAAUAUGGGUAAAAUGUCCGAUGGCGUCAUCUAAAACAGAAUUGAUAAGCAUGGAGAAUUGGUACUAUCAUAUCUGAAAUGCCCUA